GACCUGAGUGAGGGCCAGGUUAUCGCCGGCCCCACGAGGCGAAACCAAGUGUCCCGCGUUCGGCCAUGGCCUCGUUACUGGGAACCUAUCCGUGGACCGAAGGACUGGAGUGUCCCGCCCUGGAAACCGAGCUGUCGGAUGGACUGUCGCCGCCCGCCGUCCCCCGACCUCCAGGGGAAAAGGGUUCGGAGAGCCGGAUCCGGCGGCCCAUGAAUGCCUUCAUGGUGUGGGCCAAGGACGAGAGGAAACGCCUGGCGGUGCAGAACCCAGACCUGCACAACGCGGAGCUCAGCAAGAUGCUGGGAAAGUCGUGGAAGGCGCUGACGCUGUCGCAAAAGAGGCCCUACGUGGAUGAGGCAGAGCGGUUGCGCCUACAGCACAUGCAGGAUUAUCCCAACUACAAGUACCGACCCCGCAGAAAGAAACAAGGCAAGCGCCUCUGCAAGCGCGUGGACCCUGGCUUCCUCCUGAGCUCCCUCUCUCGUGACCAGAACGCGCUGCCCGAGAAAAAUGGCGUUGGCAGGGGUACACUGGGGGAGAAGGACAGGGGUGAGUACUCCCCAGGCACUGCCCUGCCCGGACUACACAGCUGUUACCACGAAGGUGCAGCUGGUGCCCCUGGCAGUGUGGACACGUAUCCCUAUGGGCUACCCACACCCCCAGAGAUGUCGCCCCUGGACGCGCUGGAGCCUGAGCAGACCUUCUUCUCAUCCUCAUGCCAGGAGGAACAUGGCCACCCCCAUCGCCUCCCCCACCUCCCAGGGCCCCCUUACUCGCCAGAGUUCACGCCUAGUCCCCUCCCCUGCAGCCAUCCACUAGGUUCUUUGGCUCUUGGCCAGUCCCCAGGGGUUUCUAUGAUGUCCUCUGUUCCUGGCUGCCCCCCAUCUCCAGCCUACUAUUCCCCUGCCACCUACCACCCUCUUCAUCCCAACCUCCAGGCCCACCUGGGCCAGCUCUCCCCACCUCCUGAGCACCCUGGCUUCGACACCCUGGAUCAACUAAGCCAGGUGGAACUUCUGGGGGACAUGGAUCGCAAUGAGUUUGAUCAGUAUUUGAACACUCCUGGCCAUCCCGAUUCUGCUGCAGGGGCUGGGACCCUGAGUGGGCAUGGCCCACUCUCCCAGGGGACAGCAACAGGCCCCACAGAGACCAGUCUCAUAUCCGUCCUGGCUGAUGCCACGGCCACAUACUACAACAGCUACAGCGUGUCAUAGAGCCAGAGGCAUGGAGCCUGGCCCAGCCCUGCCCUCCUCUCCUCGGUCUGAAGCACUGAACAGAGCAGAAACUGUAAUGUCACCAUCCCAUGGUGGCAGGAGGUCAGAAAGCCAAGAUCCAGCGUCCCCUCUGUCCCUUCAAAUGUGUUUCGUUGGCUUCACCCCGGAAGCACAGCCUCGAGGAGCUAACACAGUGGGACUUCCUGGCCACUCUUCUAUCUGCUGCCAUCAGUGUAGCUGACGGUGAGAAGCCCAGUGCAUUGGA